AUGUGUCUGUUGAGCUUAAUAUAUCGCGAUUUGUCUUUUCUCAAAAAUGACCAAGUCAAGUACGUCCUCAUGAAUUUAGCCUUUUCCAAAAUGAAAGAUUCGUUUUUUUUCUCCAAAGCAGGGGAACACCCGGGUAGUAACAACAAUGGUGGGAGUAAAAACGCAAGUGUACUCGACCCAGCAAGGGCAAAUGCGCAUACCAACUUGGUACUAACAUUCUUCAGCAACACCCUCUUACGAAACAACUUCCUCCAGUUCCUGCAGAAUGAUUACAUAAGCUCUGCACACAGCACUGUGAACUACACAAGUAGGGUAAACCCAACCAACGUAAACAAUUACAUUUUUUACAAUUUGCUCAUCUCAAUUGUUCAGCUGAAGGAGUCACAAUCCAAAUGGCAUGAUGCCAUAAUGAAAAAGAAAAUGCAGCUUUUCCUGUGGAUUGAAAAAAGCAACACUACAGUAAACGAAUUAUGGGGAAUGAAAACUCAUGCUACUCACAUUAACGAUUUUAUCCUAAAUAAUGUCCUUUUUUUUACCUCCCAUUUUGUGAAACAUAAAAUAAAUUUCGCACCUAACAUGUACCUCUACAUUCUCAACGUGUAUUGCGACCUCUUCGAUAUGAUGAGAGGAUUGGAGCUUUACACAGGGAUUAAAAAGAAGAAAAACCUACUCAGCGACGCCAAGCAAAUUGUAAAUUAUGUAAUUAACGAAAUGUAUAAACAGAUAAAUUUAUAUACCCUCAAAGAAUUCAUUGCUCUGUGUGCCAUGAUUGAUAAGCUACCUGCAAGUUUCACCUUCGAGCUGAAGAACGACGCUGACCAUUUGCGCCUUAAAGUGAAAAAUGCCUUCUACAGAAAUGGCAAAGGGGAGAACGGCGAAGCAGCCGUGGAAAACGAGGGAGACGCACACCUACGGCGUAUUCUGUACGUCCCUUAUAGCCAAGCGAGUAGGAAGACCCCCGAACGGGUAGCAGAAGAACAAAUCGCUGCAUCGGGUGGGGGGCCCAUUCUGGAGCAGCACACCGGGGCAACUCUGGGCAACCACCAAAUGGGCGACCCGUGUCAGGGGAAGGAGAGCCCAAUGGACAAAAAGGAUUCACCAAAUUAUGUCGACUUUUCCGCUGCACCUACCAACGCCGCCAACAACGCCCCUACCCUCUCUGAUGCCGCGCCCCCGUUAGGCAACCCAACGGAGGAUCCGCCCACCAGCAGAUACGGCACCGUCAAAGCGAAGAAAAAAUCGACCAUAAUAAAUAAACACGACUUCACCAUCUUGAUAGCUCUCUCCCUUUUCAACGAAAUUAAUGACGAGUUUAUUGUCCAGAUAAGACAAAGAGAGGGGGGAAUUCCCUCGUCCAGUGGAACCAUGACGAUCUCCGAUGACGCGAUGUUCGAGCAUAUUUACAAAAAUCACUAUGAAUCGUUUCUGCGUAACUCUGAUUUAUACAUAAACCAUGUGGAGAAAAAUUACGAACCGGCCACAGUAGAGCAGCUACUAAACUAUUUUAUCCUAUUCACACACUUAAACCAGCUGGAUGUGUCCAACCUGUGUGUCCUCAUGAACAUCAUGAGGGAGAUCAACAAAUUGCAGCCCUUCAUCGAUUUUUUCAUUGCCAAGCGGGUUGAAGAAAUGUUAAGAGACAGAGGCAUUGGAGGGGGUGAACACAGUGGUAGCAGCCUGGAGUCAGAUAAAAAGGGGAAGAUGUACCAAUUUACGGACUCCUACUUGGAUGACUAUAUAUCCAGAAUUACCGACGGGGGGAAAGAACACGAUGAAGGUGAAGUGGCAUCUGUGCAAAGCGAUAGUGAAAUCAUCACCCAAUGGGAGGAAGGUCAAAACAUAUUCCGCACGCCACAGGGGAAGAACCAUUUUGACGACAUGAACCUUAACACGCAUUCGCUAUAUGCCGCCAGCUUUGAAGAAUAUUACCACAACUAUGACAUCUGUAGUAGUGUAAUUAAUCUCUUCCUUUUGGUAGACCCCGCCAGCCGCACAAAUCGCGCAAUCGCGAGGUUCCUCCCACAUAUCAGCCUCAACCAGGUUAACAUUUUUAAAAUUCACUUGGAUUACAUUUUUUUCAAACGAGGACGAGAAAAGGGGCAAGAAAGCCAUUCCUUUUCUGUAACCCCCCUAAUAGGGGAAAAGGAGGAGGGGCUAGGGGGACUCUCCAACAUUUUGGCAACUCAAAUGGGGAUCAAAAACUGGAAGGGAAAUUCUGACCAGGAAGAAUCCCUAGUCAAAAAUUUGACCUUCCCUAGUGAUAUGGAUACCAUCUCCAAUAGUGCCAAUCCCAUCCUUGAAGAGGAAAUCAAUAGUGCCGUCCACAGGGAGGGAAGCAAUUUCCCACAUGGGGGCCGGCAUCCGCUGGAACACGACAUCAUUUACAAGAUAAUCGAGGCCAGACUGAAAUACAACAUUGAAGUGAAAAAUUACUUAUCCAAAAGGGAGGAUGAAAAUAAUGAAGAAAUGUAUAACUUCCUAGAAAAAGAACUCCUGUCAUUAAAUCAAAUUGCAAAUAUGCUAAAUUGUAUUAGCUCAAUAAAUGACGAUGAGAAAUACAUGAAACUAGUCACCAUCUCAUUAAAAGAUAUAAUCCUGAGCAGACACGAAAUUGUGGACAUCAAAACAUUCCGCCUCAUAACGAAAAUUCUCAUUAGCAUCAGAAAUGUGUACCAAAAUAUUUUUUUCCCUUGUGAAUAUUCCUACUUAAAUAUGCUCACAAAAAAUUACGUACAAGUUAUGCAGAAUUUCUUCCAUUUCUUUCAUCUCUUGGACUAUUUCCAAGCUCUUCAAAUAUUUACAAAAUAUAAUUUGGCCGGAAAAUAUUUAAAGCAUUUGAUAUGCCUCAACGAGGAACUCAACAAAGUGCACAUAAAAAAUGUUAAUGUCCAUCUCGUUCACCUUGUUCUGUACUUUUACAGCAAAUUGAAUUACGUGAAUGAGAAAUUUAUUUCCAAUAUCCUGCAGAUGUAUGCCUACUCCAUCCUGCAGCAGAUAAACACCGUGAACAUCCAUGUGGUCGAAAAUUUGACUAAGACGAACGAUUUGCUGCUUUCCCUUUGCGUCAGAAAUAAGGACAUUAUACUGAUAAACUAUCUGCUUUUGCAACGAUAUGGCAAUUUUUCUCGCCACUUCAAAAUGGACGACAAGGAUGAUGUGGAUAAGCGCCGGGUUACCACCUUUCCCAGUGAACAAAACGGUGUUGCACAGCUAGGCGAGGCAGAAUCACAAAAAGUGGAUAUAUCCUCCAAGCAGUUUUAUUCAAAUGACGAGGCUACCAUUGAAAAGACAAAUGGGCGAACAGAUCAAACAGGGCAAACUCCUUCUACGAGGCCAAGUGGGCGUGCAAAAGGGGAAGUGCCUAUAGAAGAUGCUUCCGCAUCUACUGUCACAUCCCAGGAGCAGUAUAACUCUCCUCGUAGCGAACCCGAACUAGAGGAGGAUGGAAGAUUACUCACACGGCGAAAUCACCCCAGUAAGGGGACAUAUACCCAUGGGCCACUCUCCCCAAUCGGUCACUUCCCACAAGCCCGCUACGCGACGGAAGAAAGGAACGGAAAAGAAGUUACCACGAGUACUCUAGUUACACACACCUUCCAUCUUUCUUUAACACAUAAGAUAAAAAUUAUUCACUUCUUGUGCAAGUUUCAUCACUACAACGAUCUGGUGAAGUCCUACUACAUGCAGCUAAUAAGUGAAUGUCUCCAAAAUACAAGCGCUCUGCUGAAUGACGAAGAUUACUGCAAACUGUACGAAAUAUAUGUGCACGUAAUUUUGAAUUUUUAUUUUCUUUCCUUCAAUAAGAGUAACAAGUACAUCAAUUUUGUGUUAAGUAAUUUGCCUUGUUAUUAUUGGUACAAAAAAGAGGAAGAGAAACUAAACUUGUUCGUCUCCUCCAAAGAAUUUAACGACAUUCAGUAUGUCUUAAAAUUGCUGAAUUUGGAUUUCCUUGCCCCGACGUUGACAGAAAUUUACUUCAUUCACUUUUUUAACGACGUGAAGAAGACCAACCAUGCGCUUGCCAUCCCAGAAAAUGUCCUCCACUUGUACAAGAAGUACAAUCUCGUCAUCGACGACGUCCGCAAUAAGAGCGUCUCCCUUUUGUGCGUCCCGGAGGAACACGUCCUGCGCGAUGAACAUGGUAACAACAAAAACCUCAUAAACGACAGCCACUACGUUUACGAAAAUAUAAAAAAAACGUACCCGACUUCUUUGAUAUUUUUGAGCGAGUGGAAGACCCUAAAUGUCGAGGAAAAAUGCGACUAUGUCUUGCGCGCUAUCCAUUCUUCGCUAAACGUCUGA